ACAAACUCACAAACCAAGCAUCUCCAAGAAAAAUACCUGAGAAUCAAGAACACCCAGCCAUGGCCAUGAUCCAUCCCAAGAGGAUUGCUCAGUUCGUGAGAAAGUGGCAACGGGUGAAGACAGCAUCCAGAGACGACGAAGCAUGCUGCACGGCAUCGCCGGUCGCAGAUAAAGGUCACUGUGCCAUGUACACAGCCGAUGGGAGGCGGUUCGAGGUCCCGCUGGCGUACCUCGGCACGACAGUCUUCGGCGAGCUGCUAAGGAUGUCCAAGGACGAGUUUGGGUUCACAUGCGACAGCGGGAUCAUACUGCCGUUCGAUGCAGUGGUGAUGGAGUACGUCAUGUGCUUGCUCAGAAGAAAUGCAUCGCCUGAAGUAGAGAGGGCAUUCCUGAGCUCCGUAGUGAUGUUGUGCCAAUAUCCAAGUUGUAUGGCACCACAUGUAGUGCUGCACCAGCAGCUUGCAGUUUGUAGCUCCUGAAUAUAUGCAAAGUUUUUGCCUCAUUAUUCUCCA